GUGUUCUCUGAUUGGUGGAAGGAGCGAAAUUGUUUCUGUGAGUUCUUCCGGCUUUACAUGUUAGGGGGAAAAAAAGAAAAGACGAAUGGAAAAAUUGUAAUCCGCAAAACGACUAUUGCCUAGUUCUUCAGCGGUUACGGUCACAAGUAGGUCGGAUGAGCUCUCAACAAUUCUCCCGACACGGGCUGCCUGCGGUUAGCGGGGGUGCCGCUCAGAUCCCUGCCGCUGCAAACCUGGUGCCUGUCAACCAGCCAUCCAACCCUCCAGUGUUUACAGUAUCUGUUGGUGAUGGAGAUGGCCACCGGGAAAGUGACCACGGUCAGCAGGACCAUCAGCCAAUCGCGGGAGGGGCAACCUUAGCUUUCAGAGAUGACAAGCAGGAGACCAUGGUGGUUCGACCCUACCCGCAGGUCCAGGUGCACGGGCAGCCACAAGCUGCUCCCCAGACCGUUUCCAUUCAGCCUGGAACACCUGUGACCUUACCUGCACCUGCUGUCCACCUCCCACAGGGCCAGCCUGCGGUCCUCAAUGAUGGCCAAAUGAAGGCUGUCCUUAAGCCACCCAUUCCAAGUCGUCUGAUUGCCCCAGCACCAGCCUCCAACCAGGCUCAUAUACCCAAGGUGGCAAGUCACAUUACUGUCACCAUAGAGAGCACUAUGCCCACCACCCCAUCUAUCCCUGUGGCAACCAUCAGUGGUCAGCAGGGCCACUCCAGCAACCUGCACCACCUAAUGCCGGCUAACAUUCACAUUAUAAGGGGUCCCACUGUUCCUCCUCAGCCCUUCACAUCCCAUUUACCACGAGGGGCCGCAGCAGCAGCUGUCAUGUCCAGCUCCAAAACAGUCCUGCGGCCCGCCACUGGAGCAAGCGCAGGCCCUGGCCAGCCCACAGUGCAGCACAUCAUCCACCAAACUAUCCAGUCCCGCCCCGCUGUAACAACAUCCACAGCUGUUCUUCCAACUGUGGUGGCACCUAUUUCAGCAACUAGAACUCAGUCUCCAGUUAUCAGUCCGACAGUCACUCACUCUGAAGUGACACAUGGGCGUCCAGCGCUGACGAUCCACCCCCCUCCUGCUACCGUCAGUAUUCAGAGGCCUCAGACGUCACGAGACUCGGCCACACGGAUCACUCUGCCCUCACACCCAGCGAUUGGAGCUCAAAAAGCCCAGCCGCCCCACACCAUGGCCCAGAAGCCUAUCUUCAGUACUGUGACUCCUGUCGCUGCUGCCACUGUGGCACCAAUAGUCGCCACAAACACUGUGCCAUCAACGACCACGAUAGGUUCUGUACCUCAUACCCAAAUGACCAGUAGCACUAUUGUCACCAUGACAAUGGCGUCCCACUCUUCUCAUGCUACAGCAGUGACCACGUCCACUAUCCCUGUUGCUAAAGUGGUCCCACAGCCGAUUGCCCACUCUUCAUCCCGCGUCCAGGCUGAAUACCCGGGAGAGAGAGCCAACCUCAUCCCCAUCCCAGGACACAGGUCGUCUCCUAACCCUGUCACCAUGGAAACCAGAAGUGACAACAGGCCUUCUGUACCAGUACAGUUCCAGUAUUUCCUCCCAGCAUAUUCAUCGUCAUACCCACUGACUCACACGUACACCCCCAUCAGCAGCUCUGUGUCCACCAUCCGCCAGUAUCCAGUCACCCCUCAAGCUCCAAGUUCAGCCUUGCCCACUCAGGCUGGAGUGGGCGUGGCCACCACUGUCCACCUGAACCAUAUGCAACUGAUGGCGGUAGAUCGGAUCGGUCUCCCAUCUGCACAGAUCAGUACCCAGGGGAUCCAGCCGUCACCGAUUGCUGCUCAGGGCAUACAGCCUGCACAGAUAGGAGUCCAAGGCCUGCACACGUCCGCAUCAAUCACUACACAAGGAGUACAGCCGGCACCUAUAGUCACUCAGCAACAGCCGCAGCCACAGCAGCAACAACAGCCGCAGUCCGAAGCAAAGCCAGGAGUUGUUUUGGCUGACGGCUUCGUAGCGAGCCCCAUCAGCACCACGUUUGGCACCACCCAGCCAGUAGCUACCAUGGUGCAAGCCCACCCACAGGGAGGAGGAGUAGGAGGAGCUCCCACCUCGGGUCCCUCCCCCCGUCCCAGCAUCCUGCGAAAGAAACCUGCGAAUGACGGAUCUGUUCGUAAGAACCUGAUACCUCCCCAGUCCAGUGAACACAGCAGUGGCAGACUUGAUAGUGGUGUGAGAGGAGCAGGAUCUCCCCGGCCUGCAGGAGCAAAACCCAAGGCUGAGGUCCACAUGGCCGUUGCUCCUCCAGUCAUGGCUACAGUAGAAGCUUUGCCUGCUCAAGGAGGGGAGCAGCAGGCGUCUAACCCCCAGCACCUGACCCAGGCCAUACCCACCAUGCUCGCCACACCCGGGCCUGUGCCUCCCUCCCAACCCUCCUCUGUUCUCUCCCUGCCAGCGGCCAUGGCGGUGACACCCCCUGUUCCUGCUUCGAUGGCCAACACCGUGGCCUCCCCCACGCAACCUGCAGCCAGUAGCACUGCAACAUGUGCCGCUAGCUCCACCUGCUCAGAUGUUAAAAUCAAGCAGGAGGUAGAAACGAUGGACACCUCACAGUCAGAUCCCAAUGUGAAUUUGUCCUCAGCACCAGCCAUCCCUACCCAGGCUAACACAUUGAACCCUCCUGGUACAGGAGAUCUGGUCCAUGGGGCCUCCCCAAGGAAGAAACCUCGCAAACAGCAGCAUGUUAUCUCCACUGAGGAGAGUGAGAUGGUGGAAACCAACAGUACAGAUGAAGAGAAGGCCCCAGGAAGGCUCAUCACUGGCAGGGCUGAGAGACGUGAAUCUCCUCCAAGGGAAUAUGUUGAUGAAGAAGGAGUUCGAUAUGUGCCAGUCAGGCCUCGUCCACCUAUCACUCUGCUGCGGCACUACCGUAACCCCUGGAAAGCUGCGUACCAUCACUUUCAGAGGUACAGCGACAUCCGGGUCAAAGAGGAGAAGAAGUGCACCUUACAGGAUAUGGCCAAUCAGAGAGGAGUGGCAUGCAGGGCACAAGGAUGGAAAAUUCACCUUUGUGCUGCACAGCUUAGACAGUUGUCAAAUUUGGAGCACGAUGUGUACAGCCGUCUCUCCAGCCUCCAAGAGGGCCUUAUUCCAAAGAAGAGAGCAGGCUCUGACGAUGACCUGCACCGAAUCAAUGAGCUCAUACAGGGCAACAUGCAGCGCUGUAAGCUGGUGAUGGACCAAGUGACCGAGGCCAGGGACACCAUGAUGAAAGUGCUCGACCACAAGGAGAAAGUGCUGAAGCUGCUCAACAAGAACGGCACCUUGAAGAAGUCCUCCAAACUGAAGCGCAAAGAACGAGCAUGAGGGCGAGUUGCUUGUCCCGCGACGGCCCCCGCUGCCCCGUUUCUGAGAGGGGCGACGGAGCUGCUCUAAAAUCUGGUGCUAUGAUUUGCUGCAUACAAUCGCACGCGCCCUUCCUAACUGCCUGUGAUCGGACACAGAGAAGCCACCGGGAGGCUUCAGCAAUCGGAGAAGCUGAUCCGGACAGCGGUCUCUUGAAGACACAGUAAACAUACAGAGUGUGAAGCAUUCUAGGCUGUAUUAGUGUGGACAAAAAAAAAACUCAACAGGUUUUCUUUAAAGACUCUUGAGGCUUUUUUUAAUUAUAGUUUCUGCCUCUUUUCUUAGGACAGUUGAAGGACAGUUUUCUGUGUAUCUGUGAUAAUUGGCAUGCAGAUGCAGUGAAUCUGACUGUCAGAACAUUUUGAGUUCAUCUCCUCAGAGGUCCUGAUUUUAUUUUAGCCAACAGUUUAUUCAGACUAAUCUCAGCUGUGGUCAGACUGUGCCUUCAUUUUGUUAGUGUAGAAGAAAUGGAUGCAGAAAUGUAGAAGCUGUACCACAUUUCAAACCACUCAGCUUUUUCUUUAUGGCAACUGUUUUUGUUUUUUUUAAAUAUAUAUUUUUAUUUCCUGGAAUGGUUACACCUUUACCCCCUAUUCAGCCCUAUGUUUAGUUGUAAUCUACAAAUCAAAAUCACAACACUUGUGUGUGCGGGUUAAAAACCUUAAUGUGGCAUGUUAAAUGAAUUUAUUAUAGUAAACAACUAUCUUUUUAAAGAAUACCUUAUAUCCUUAGUUUUGAAAGUGAGAAUGCCAAGACUUAGAACUGCCAUCUUCAAUCCACUUCAAGAUGAAGAGAUGUUACACCAGUUAGAGGUGGCUUUGAUUUGGUUUGAGAGACGAUGCAGUGUUUAGAAAAAAAGAAUAAGAAAAGAGACUAACUCGCCUUGAGUGAUCACAGUGGCAGACUGACUUCAUGUAAAUCACUGUAAAUGUGCUUGUGGUUUUUCAUUGACCCGGUUCUUUUCAAGUUUUUUUACUCGAUGAAACAGUUUGUGUUGUGAAUGUUGUGCUGCUUCAUUGCUGCACAGUGUAACCAUUGUGAAGUUGCAGAAUGAAGUAGGGCUGAAAAUAUCUAGUCAUUGUACAUUGUUUUUGUCUGUGUAAUUAUAGUAAAGAAUACUCGAAGCUACA